CCAAAAACAUGCAGUCAGGAUAAUAAGAGCUACUACAAAACCCCCUUGGUAUAAAUGUGUGUGUGUGUGUGUGUGUCCAGGGUGUUUCCUGCUUUUCGUGCAGUGAAUUGGACCCACUGCAACCCUGAUCAGGAUACAGCGGUGCUAAAAAUGACAGUGAAUGUAUGACUUGUCCAAACUUUGCGUCCACGGCAGCUCGGGGCCGAGACAGACAGCAGUGGGCUGCAGACGCCUGCGGAGGCGUCGCUUCACACCUCCGGGGUAUAAAAUCCUCCUCCGGCAGCCUGUCGGCAGAACCGUUCCCUCACAGAGACACGAGCAUGGACGACUCCUCUCCGUUCCUCGGCUACUGCUCUCUCAGCUCAGACUCGGAGAUCUACAACGUCUCCUCUCCCGAAUCCUGCUCCAGAUCGUCCAGGACCAAGCCCAGGAGAACACGCUCCAAGAACCCCAGCAGGCAGAGGCAGAACGCCAGCGAGAAGGAGAAGCUGAGGAUGAGGGACCUGACCAAAGCUCUGCACCACCUCAGGACCUUCCUCCCGCCGUCCGUCGCUCCGGCCGGACAGACACUGACCAAAAUCGAGACCCUGCGCCUGGCCAUACGCUACAUCUCCCACCUGUCUGCACAGCUCCACCAAAACAGCCACGCUGGACCUUCUCACGCUGACGGACUUCGCCGCUCAGGCUGGAUUUCUCACCACGUCGGUGCUGGGAACCACAAACAUCUCACAUUUCAUCCGAACAUGGACGCCGGAUCAGACCUCAACGCUUUAACGUGUCAAAGUGACUCGUGUUCUCCGUCCUGGACCGACAGAAACAGUGGACAUCACAGAGACGAGCUCUUCUACCAGGAGAACGACCUCGGUCCACGUCACAGUGCAUCACACUGUGGGUACAGCACAGUUUUAGAAUCACCAUCCUGGCUGUCAGGAAGUCUUGCAGCAUCACAGUGCUGCGAGGCGCUCGAGUAUAUCCAGACAAAACACGGGCGAGAGGACGGGACGGGGACGGAAAUGAAAAUCCCCGCCUGUGACGAGCUCUUCAGCUCCACCAUCGAGUCUCUGAUGUACACAGAAACGCCCCAGUCAUACCAGAAUUACAGUCAAUCAGGUCGUUAUGAGACUGCAGCAGCUGAACUCUGGACCUGAGAAUCUCCCCGGGAGUUGCACGAUAUUCUAUUUAUUUAUUGUAAGAUUUUGUAUGUAAUAAUGUAAUCAUAACUUUUUGUACAAACCAGAAUUAAUUUAUUCAUAUUUAUUA